CCCGAGCCGGCUGUGCUUGGUCACCCACUGCGCCACCCGGGCCACGGUUCCUUCGGCGCUAUCAUGGAGGGCGGCAGCGUGUCCUGCUCCCGCCACCGGCCUGCUGCGGCUCUGCCUGGAAACAGCAGCGCCAGGUCUCGACCCGGCAGCCAUUAGAGUGACUUAGCGAGCCCCCGGUGCCGAGGUCCCGCGGUCACCAGAUGGUGGUGAGCCGCUGUCCGGCCCGCAGGUCCAAGUGAUAACGGUACUGUCACCACGACUCAAACGUGCACUUCCUCCAACGUGCAUCCCAACCUUGAGAAAGCAAGCAGCUGCUUUUUGUCCAAGAAGACAGGGACCUGAAUCUGAGUGGAAGAUGUCUAUGGAUGUGACAUUUCUUGGGACAGGCGCAGCAUAUCCAUCCCCUACCCGAGGUGCCUCUGCAGUUGUCCUUCGGUGUGAGGGCGAGUGCUGGCUCUUUGAUUGUGGGGAGGGAACACAGACCCAGCUUAUGAAAAGCCAGCUGAAAGCAGGGAGGAUUACCAAGAUCUUUAUCACACAUCUCCAUGGAGACCACUUCUUUGGCCUUCCUGGCCUCCUCUGCACAAUCAGCCUACAGAGCGGCUCUGUGGUCACCAGGCAGCCCAUUGAAAUCUACGGCCCUGUGGGACUUCGGGACUUCAUCUGGCGAACCAUGGAGCUCUCUCACACGGAGUUGGUCUUUCCUUAUGUGGUCCAUGAGCUUGUUCCUACAGCAGAUCAGUGCCCUGCAGAAGACCUGAAAGAAUGUUUACAUGGGGAUGAAGCAGGCAGCUCUUCCAAAGAAGGACAAGGGCGGACCAUCCUGUUAGACUCGGAAGAAAACUCGUACCAUCUUGUUGAUGAUGAUCAGUUUGUGGUAAAAGCAUUUCGCCUCUUUCACAGAAUUCCCUCCUUUGGGUUUUCAGUGGUGGAAAAGAAACGCCCAGGUAAACUCAACGCACAGAAGCUAAAAGACCUUGGUGUUCCACCAGGUCCUGCCUAUGGGAAGCUGAAAAAUGGAAUUUCUGUUGUGUUGGAAAAUGGGGUUACAAUUUCUCCCCAAGAUGUCUUAAAAAAGCCUAUCCUUGGAAGAAAAAUCUGCAUACUGGGUGACUGCUCUGGGGUUGUGGAUGAUGGAGGAGUGAAGCUGUGCUUUGAAGCCGACCUGUUGAUCCAUGAGGCAACCCUGGAUGACUCCCAGAUGGACAAGGCAAAGGAGCAUGGCCACAGCACACCACAGAUGGCGGCCACCUUUGCCAAGCUGUGCUGCGCAAAAAGGCUGGUCCUGACUCACUUCAGUCAGAGGUACAAGCCUGUUGCCUUGGCCAGAGAGGGAGAAACAGAUGGCAUUACAGAGCUGAAAAAGCAGGCAGAGUCGGUGUUAGACCUCCAAGAGGUGACUGUUGCAGAAGACUUCAUGGUAAUUGCCGUUCCCAUCAAGAAAUGAAUUGGCGUCCUGUGUCCACGUGGACAUGCUGAUAAAUGUUUCCAAACCUGCAUUCAGAGUUCUGGCUUUGGCCCUAGUACUCCAUAAAGAUAGAGGUGCACUGCUGAUCUGACUCAGUAGUGAGAGGGAGCAAGGUUUUUAUAAUAAAUUGUUUUUAAAA